GCUUCCUCCUAGGCAGCAAGAAUGCAAAGCAGUCGUUUCCUAGUGUAGUGAGUAAAGCACGGCACAUUCCCAAAGCCGCCGCCUCACCUCGCAGACACGUUGUAGUUCUUAAAUUUCCUUAGGCUCCUGGAACAGAUAAAAAGUUAAGGAAACAUUAUUGGGACAAGCAACGACAUUGACCUGUUUACCGAAAGCGCUGUGCCAGGUACUGCAAAACAAAAAUCGGGUUGUGUUAGGACAAUGCCGAUAACAGUUACCAAAGGUAAUUACUUGUGAUGGCUUGCAGAGUCAUAAACAAAAGAAGACACUUGGGACUUCAACAACUUUCAUCAUUCGCACAAACCGGAAGGAGUUUCCUAGGCCCAGUAAAAGCCACCAAGUUUAUUACAGAUGCAGAGUGUCAUGAAAGUUUGUUAAUCAGCUCAACAGUCAGGCUUCUUGAAGGUUUGGAUUUAACCUGUGCUGUGGGGCAGCUUCUCAAUGAAGCAGUUCAAGCACAGAGUGGCACAUAUAGAAUUGGAACCAGCACUCUCUUGUUUCUUGUUGGUGCAUGGAGUAGAGCUGUUGAAGAAUGUCUUCAUCUGGGUGUUCCCACUCCAGUAAUAGUGUCAGUAAUGACCGAAGGCUUGAGUUCUUGCAUUGAAGCAGUAGUUUCCCUUCAAGUACCCAUAUACAAUGUGUUUGACCACAUGGACAGCACAAGUACAGUUGAUGUCAGCUUGUGUCCUUUUCUACAAGUCCCUUCAGAUCCUGGGUUGUUAAAGGAAAAGCAUGAUUUCAAAGAUGCUACGUCUCAGUUAUUGUCCACUUACGGUCUUUCUGGGAGACAUGCAGAAUCACCCAAAUUCUUCAAAACUCAGGCUAAGGUUGAAACAGAAAAAAAAACGCCACAAGCUCUGCAAAAUAGCCUAUAUACAUAUUCCUUCUGCAGAAAGUCAGCAUUAAUUCACAGUAGGCAUUUUAACAGGACAGAUAAUAGCCACUGGAUAAACAGACCCAAUGGAUUUCUAGAACAAUAUGGAUCGACUCCCAGAACUUCUGGAUGUAAUAAUUUGGUGGAGUUAGCAGUUGGCUUGAGCCAUGGAGACCACAGCAGCAUGACAUUGGCAGAGGCAGCUGUGCGGCUGCAGUGGCAGAGUGUGUUUCUGCAGCAAGCCAACUGUAAGGCACCAUUUAUGUUUGAUAUUUCAAGACUCCUCACUUGCUGUCUCCCGGGCUUACCGGAAACUUUUUCUUGUGUUUGUUUAGGAUAUGUCACUGCUGUACCCAUGUCUAGUAUUGCUCUGAUAAAGGAAUUGCAGCAUCAGUCUUUCCGGAUGAUUCUCAUCGAGGGUGAUCUCACAGAGAGUUACCGCCACCUGGGAUUUAAUAAGUCCGUAAAUAUUAAGACCAAGUUAGAUAGUGGGAAACCUCCAGAAGAUAGUGCAGAAGAACUGUGGACUAAAAGUGUGUUGCAGGUGUUAAUCCAGUUCAAUGUGAAUCUCGUCCUGGUACAAGGAAAUGUAUCUGAAUACUUAACUGAGAGAUGCAUACACAGUAAGCGGCUGGUAAUUGGUUCAGUAAAUGGCAGUGUGCUGCAAGCGUUUGCAGAGGCUACAAGAGCAGUGCCAGUAACCUAUAUUACACAAGUGAAUGAAGACUGUGUGGGCAGCAAGGUCUCUGUGACCUUCUGGACAAGUCCUCACGAUAUUAACAGGAGCAACAGAAUGGCAAUCUUGUUAAAAACAGAAGGAAUUAAUUUGAUUACAGUAGUACUCACUAGCCCAGUGAGUGCUCAGAUGGAAACCAAGGAAGACAGGUUUUGGUCUUGUGUAUAUCGUUUAUAUCAUGCCCUAAAAGAGAAGAAGGUCUUCCUUGGAGGUGGUGCUGUUGAAUUUUUAUGUCUUAGCCAUCUUCAAAUUCUUGCUGAGAAAUCUUUAAAUAAAGAAAAUCAUGCUUGUUCAGGAUGGCUUCCUGAUUCUUCCUCUUGGAUGGCCUCAUCUCUGUCAGUCUACAGACCUACUGUGUUGAAGUACCUGGCAAGUGGGUGGCAUGAAUACCUGUCAGCUGUCAUGUUUAACACUGCCACUCACCCAUCGGCAAUGGAAGCCAGCACAUUCAUUCAAUAUCAUGUACAAAAUGCUACCAACUCUGGCUCUCCUUCAUCUUAUAUCUUGAGUAAAUGUAGUAAACUAAGUAGUGGACUUUUUCAUUCCGGUAUUUCAGAUAACCCGGAGGUAGUUCCAAGAGUUUAUGAUACUGUUACACCAAAGACUGAAGCAUGGCGCCGAGCAUUGGAUUUAGUGCUCUUAGUGCUUCAGACAGACAGUGAAAUAAUUACUGGACUUGUCCACACACAGAUAAAUUCACAGGAAUUAGAUGGAGUUUUAUUUUUAUAGGGUUAGUUAAAUCUUUGGGAAAUAAGCAAUAUCAUAUUAAUAAAUUUUAAAGUAUGUGUGUAUAUGUGUGUGCACAUGCCCAAGGAGGUGGAUCUCUUGGAGCUGUAAUUAUAGGUUUAUAGAUAGACACCCAACAUGGGUGCUGGGCACCCAACUAUGCAAAAGCAGCAAUCACUCUUAAUCUUUUAGCCAUUUCUCCAGCCCUAAUAAAUGUUUAUAGUCAAAUCAUAGUUUCUGAAUUACUAGUGAUUGCCAAGAAUGAGUUGAUGUCUAUCAAUAACUGAAAUUCUGGAAUUUACCCUUCUUAUAAGCUAACAAAUUAGCCUGUUAUUGUUUUCAGAAGCAAAGAACUAUUGCCGUUUGCAGCAGAAUCUGCAUUCAAAGUGUUGUGUUGGUUUUGUCAGUUCCUUGACCUGUGUGUCCCACAAGAGCAGCACAGAGGGCCAGUGGCAGGACCUGAAACAAUGGGUGUUCUCUUGUAAAACAAACACUGAACUUGUGAUAUUUACUACUUGAGCAUAAACAAACCCACUUAUUUGUCCAACGGGAGUGAUUACAUCCUUCAACAUUGCUUAAGUCAAACCAGCCAUGGACAUGGACUAGAUAAAGGUUGUCCAAGGCCUUAUAUUCUUUACAUGUACAAUAAGUAUAGAGAUGCUGUCUCAGUUGCUUCUCUAUUGCUAUAAUAAGACUGUGACCAAGGCAACUUAUAAAAGAACGUUUAAUUGGGUUUAUGGUUUCAGAGGGGUAGAGCCUGUGAUGGCAGAGCAAAGGCAUGGUGGCAGUAAUAUCUGAGAGCUUGAAUCUUGAUUCACUAGUAGGAGGUGGGAGGUUGUGGUGGGGGGAUGGUGCAAGUCUUCAAACCUCAAAGACCUCACCCAUUGUAACACACCUCCAACAAGGCCGGCCACACCUCCUAGGCCAUCCCAAAUAGUUCCACCACGCCUGCCUUCUUUCCAUUAUUCUUCAAGCACAUCUUUAGAGGAAUGUCUUGGUCCUUUUUUUUUUGUCUUUCCUUUUCAAUCCCUACAACCAAUGUAGUCAUUAUUAACAUUUAGGAGAUGGUUUUCCAAGGCUUCUUAAAUGUGUAUGUCUGUGUAAAUACAUUUUGACCCCAAAGUGGCAUCAUUGGACAUACCACCAAAUUGUCUACUUCUGUAGAUUAAUCUAUUCAGCAAUUUACCUAAUAUUCUAAGAAGAGUUCAGUGGUGUUACCAUCAUACUCACCACCACCUAUUUAUGUGGGGUUCUCCACCUUACAGCCAGUUCCCAUGUGGAAGAUAGUAACAAGUCUUUCUGUCCCACCAGCCUGCUCCCAGAUGAUGACAUGGAGACUUAUUAGCUGUAAGAGCUCAGCCUAUAGCUUAGGCUUGUUCCUAACUCUUAUAAUUUAAAUUAACUCAUGAAUAUUAAUCUGUUCUGUCAUGUGGCAUUGCCUCUCUUCCAUCUUGCACCUCUUGUUUCUUCUCUGUGUUCCCUGGCUUCACCUGUGUGCCUAGAUUCCUCCUCCUCUCCCUUUCUCUCCCUGGAAAUUCCUCCUAUACCUCCUGCCUAGUUAUUGGCUGGUCAGCCUUGUAUUACACCACUCACAGCAAAUACAUUCACACAGUGUACAAAUAUCCCACAACAGAAGAUGAAGAAAGAUCUUUGCAACUUUAAGACUUUGUUACAGUCGAGUAAAGGCUGUUAAUUCUCCCAGGCUCGUAUAUACAUAACUCAUCUGGACUUUAUCUUGGUAAACUAUAUGAAUUAAGAACCUAAACUUUUUCUAAGUAUUUACCCACAGUGUUAAGUUUUAUCACUCAUUCUGGUAAUUUUUAGCAAUGAGAAGGAAAUACUAGGGGCGUGGAAGCUCAUAUUCUCAUUUCUAUUUUUUUUAGCUGGGGAUUCAUAGUGUUCAGCAGCACAGCACAAAACAAUGCAGUGUGUUAAUGAAAUGUUAACAAAGCAGAAACAUAAAGGCAGCACCUCUUAGCAAAAGCCUCUUCUUGUGUUGCACUUGGUUAUUCUCCUAAAAUUGUACUUGGAACACUUGAUUCCAUUGAUCUUUACUUUGCUUAAAAAAAAAAAAAAAAA